AUCCAGAGAAACUCCACCAAAAUUCCAGAGAAACUCAAGCAGCAAAAACAAAUCGCUUCGGGGGGUCGUCGCCGCGUCGGUGUCGCUCGGCAUAUCCCCUUUCCUCCCCCUCCUCCCUCCGCCCGGCGCCCCCGACUCCGGCGAUCCGCCCCGCCUGAACCCUACUCCACGUCGCCUCGCCGGUUGGGUUGGGGCCGAGCCGAUCCGAUCCGAUCGGGGCCGGUUCCUGCGCCGCCGCUGCGUGGGCUCCUUCCGGUCGCCCGCCUGCUCGGCUCGAUCGGCCGGGGACGGCGGCGGCCAGAUCUGUGAUGGAGGGCAACAAGGACGACGCGGUCAAGUGCCUGCGCAUCGGCAGGGGCGCGCUUGAGGCCGGCGACCGCGCGCGCGCCAUCAAGUUCCUCUCCAAGGCCAAGCGCCUCGACCCCUCCCUGCCCAUCGACGACCUCCUCGCCCCGCUCCUCAACCCCCAGGACGACUCCCCCGCUUCCUCGUCAUCAUCGCCGCCGCCGCCACCGCCACAACCUGCAGCAGCAGGGGCAGCGGAAGCAGCUGAGGCUGAUGGGCUGAGAGAGAGGAAACAGAAGGGCAAGAAGAGGGAGGAGGAGGAGACGACUGGUGCUGCUGCUAGGGAGUACACGGCGGAGCAGCUCGAGGUCGUGCGCCAGGUCAAGAAGCAUUCCAGGGACUACUACCAGAUCCUCGGCCUCGAAAAGGACUGCACUGUCGAGGACGUGCGCAAGGCCUACCGCAAGCUCUCGCUCAAGGUGCACCCUGACAAGAACAAGGCCCCUGGUGCAGAGGACGCCUUCAAGGCCGUCUCCAAAGCCUUCCAGUGCCUCAGUGAUGACGAGGGUCGCAAGCGCUAUGACCUUGUUGGCUCGGAUGAGCCAGUAACACACCACAGGAGGCCCUCCACUGCCCGUGCAUACAAUGGGUUCUAUGAGGAUGACUUUGAUCCAGAUGAGAUAUUCAGAAACUUCUUUUUUGGUAAUAUGGCGCCUGCGACCACCAGGCAGUUUGGACAGUUCGGGACGUUCCAUUUCAGAACUGGUGGAAUGCACGCCCAUGGGCAGCAAAACUCUGGUGGCUCAACUGUCAGGAUGCUUAUUCAGCUGUUGCCAGUCCUGCUGCUGCUGCUGCUCAACUUCCUGCCAUCCUCUGAGCCUGUUUACUCCCUCAACCGCUCCUACCCAUACGAGCACAAGUUCCAGACCCCACGUGGAGUUGCAUACUAUGUCAAGAUGCCUAAUUUUGAGGAGCAGUAUCCACACCAAAGCACUGAGCGGGUGACACUGGAGCGGCAUGUUGAGAGGGAUUAUUACUCAAUAAUAACGCAGAAUUGCAGGGUUGAACUGCAGCGCCGCCAAUGGGGAUUAGCAUACCAGACACCGCACUGUGAUAUGCUUAAAAAAUUUGAGGCGGCAGCACAGUAAAUCAUUCAGUAGUCCAAGGUUGAGAAUGCUGGACGUGUGCAAAAGUUUCCAUACCCAUACUCUUGGCUGUCAGCUUCAAAUCGGAGGGUACAUCUAGUUUGGGCUAGCAGUAAAUCUUGUGGAAUAAGUGCCUUUGAUGACUAUACACCACUGCCCAGAUGCUAUCUUAGUAGUGCUGAGGAGCGCAUCACCGUAGCUACUUCGAAAGGAUAUUUUGUAAUGGUUAAGCUUUAUAGGGGUUGAUCACAUGCAGACCUGUGUAUGUAUAUGAAGUAUAUCGAUCUCAUUUUUUCCGUACUGUUUUGAGACAAUACCUGACUUAAACAGAAAUGCAACUAUAACAAAAAUGGGUUCUUCAUUUUAUAA